UCGUCCAUUCACCUAAAUGCUGGACGCAAACCCCAUAUGUCUAGUGUAUAUAAGCAUAAGCUACUAACCGCUAGUUAGCAGCAGGCCUGGCUCAGGGAUUUCUCCGCCUGCUAGCCUCUCUCAGCUAACAGCCUCUCCUGUCGAUCGGUUGAUAAAACAAGCUAGCAAGCUAACAGCUAUCACAAGACUUCCAGUUCCAGCCCUACUCAGUGUGCUGUCCGCUCAGUGUUCCAUAGAGUCGCAGCCCUGCAUUCCAAAAAAGAAGACGCUUACUUCACCAUGAGCUCAGACGAUGGUGACAUGGAGAACCGGGCUGAGCUGGAGGAGAAGACAAGGCUCAUCAACCAGGUGUUGGAGCUUCAACACACUUUAGAGGACCUGUCUUCCAGAGUGGAUGGCGUCAAAGAGGAGAACCUGAAGCUGAAGUCAGAGAACCAGGUUCUGGGUCAGUACAUUGAGAACCUCAUGUCGGCCUCCAGUGUGUUCCAGACAACCGACACCAAGAGCAAACGGAAGUAAGGAGAACUCCAGAGAGCCCAGGAGGAGCACAUGAUGGAGUAUUCAAAGACAUUUAAAGGGCUUUGAAAUAAAGCCACUCGUGGAGACCAUUAAACUGACUGUUUACAGGUGCAUCUGUACCACAGGCCACACUGAUACCCAUCUGUACACAUGUUCCAGUGAGCUGAGGCAGCUGAUUGGGAGGCCAGAGUGAAGCCUCAGUGAAGGAACCUCCUACAGGCUACAUAGAACCCACCUUACACAAGUAACGUUAGCAUGAAAAAAGUCUGGCAGUAACGUGGAUAUGGCUAUCAUAGCAGUAAUGCCUGCUUUGCUUCAUUAGUAGAAUGGGGGGCUCAGAACUAAUGGCUACAUGCUAACAGCUAACUCUGCACCCUUAUCCUACAGGGAGCUUUCCUUACUGGGAUAUCAAACAUUCUCCAUUAGGGCUGGGCGAUAUAGAGAAGUCAAUUGUCAAUAUAUUUGAGUACCUCAAUAUUGACGAUGCGAUAUUGUAGGGUUGACUUUCACAAAAUAUUUUAACAUGGAAAUUUGAUACUUAAUAAUCAGUAAUUCAGAUAUAAUCGGUGAUAGGAAAUAUCGGAUAAAAGAUACAUAUUUCAGUAGUAGUAGUUAAAAUCUAAUCUUAUAAAAUGAUAUUGAUACUAUAUCAAUAUAUUGCCCAGCCCUAUUCCCCAUGCAAUGUUCAUUCUGUUAAAAAGCAGAAUCAGCUCAAACUAGGGCUGCACGAUUUGGAAAUGUCAAUUUCAACUUGUUUCACUAAAAAUGCAAUUUGGCUAGGAUUCGCAAUUUUAAAGGACAUUUUUCAAACAUUAUUUGCAAUAUCAAUGAAAAAUAUAUUAAUAUGAUCAAAUCGUGUGGCUUUUUAAGGAGGUCUGUAACAAACCAGGAUUUUUCCUUUUUUUUAAGUUUGUAGGAUACCAGAACCUCAAAUGUUCAGAAAUGAGGCCCCUCACAAUCCUGUCCAUAUUUUUUGAGUUCAUGUUUACGUUGGACUUCCUUUUGUUGUUGUGUUGACCGGAAGCUGUUGAUGGAAGCAGGUCCUCACGUGUGAUUGUGUUUUUCUAAAAGGUGCUGACCUCUCAAACAGAGGCCCCAGUCUUUGUCAUUUCAGUGCAGUGUACAUUUUUGUUGCUGCUUCCUGCUAGUUUGGACUGAAUGCCACCACUAAUAUAGGCUGACAGCCUUUACACAACUUCAUGUGUCAACUUUAAUUCAAACUGAAAUAAUGUAUUGUGUGGGUUACCAUUAAAGUGGCAGUUUAAUAAAUUCAUCUGAUAAAUGUGCUUUCCGAAUUUUCUGCACAUCCUGUUACAUUUGUGCAAUGUUUACAUCAGAUUGUUUUUGUUGCUUAUUUGAAAUGACUAAUUUAAUAAAGUGAUUAUUGACAUUUUUGAUGAAAUGUGUGUCUGUGAGGUUCUCUGAGCUGAUCGGAAGAUAUAUCAGCCUCCACAUGCAUAUGCAAGACUUGUUUGUAGUAACGGUUCAGAGCCGGUACCGGAUGGCAAACUCUCUCCCCAAAACAACGUGUAUGAGCCAUAUUCAUUAUGCAUUAUUUCAUGUAAUUUUGCCCUGUACCACUAGGGGGCUGUAUUUGCUGUGUGGCUCAGCUGACCUCUGGUCAGCCCAGUUAGGCCAUUUAGCCGAGGGAAACCCAAACACAGGUGUUGCUGAUUUGGGAAGCAAACAGUUUUUCGACUGUGCCUAUGUGCCUUGUGGUUUUUGAUGUGGUGACCAAUUCGGUUUGUUGUUUUGGUUAAAUGUAUUAUGAGUUAAAGUAUUUCAGCUGUAUGAUAUAUGAAGGAAAAUAAACCUGCGAGACAAUCGUAACAUCACUGAA